UCUUUGUUUUGUUUCAAAAGCUGCCUCUUUGAUAGGGAAAUGAAGGCUAGGAGAAAAACUCUUACACACAUCUCUGCUAGAGCCUUUGUCGAGCGGGUGAAACUUCCUCUCCGUCUACUUAUAUUUGAAUUCAAUUAACAUUAAAGAUGGGUGAGUGGGACUUUCUCGGAAGACUGCUGGAUAGAGUCCAGGCACACUCAACAGUGGUGGGAAAAAUCUGGCUCACCGUCCUGUUUGUGUUUAGGAUUCUAGUCCUCUGCGCCGGUGCCGACAGAGUGUGGGGCGACGAGCAGUCGGACUUCAUCUGCAACACGUUGCAGCCGGGGUGUGAAAACGUCUGCUACGACCACGCGUUCCCCAUCUCACACAUUCGUUUUUGGGUGCUGCAGAUCAUCUCUGUGUCCACACCUACUCUGGCCUACCUGGGCCAUGUUGUCCACAUCAUCCAUGUCGAAAAAAAAGUGAAAGAGAUGAUGCAGAAGGAGCUUCAGAAUGAGCAAAUCAAUGCAUUCCUUAAGAAAGGCUACAAAUUUCCCAAGUACUACAGGGACAAUGGGAAGGUCAAAAUUCGGGGGUGUCUCUUGACAAGCUACAUUCUGAGUGUGCUUUUCAAGAUACUUUUAGAGGUGGGUUUCAUCUAUGGCCAGUACUAUCUUUAUGGCUUUACUCUUGACCCCCAAUACGUCUGCUCCCGUUUUCCAUGUCCUAACAAGGUAGACUGUUUCUUGUCGAGGCCUACUGAGAAAACCGUCUUCAUCUGGUUCAUGCUGGUGGUGGCCUGUGUCUCUCUACUCCUAAAUGUGGUCGAGAUCUUGUAUCUUUGCGCCAAGAAGAUCAACCAGUGUCUCAGCCGCAAAAAGGACUACACCAUCUCUCCCGUGACCCCGGUUGUGGACAGUAAGGACUUCAAGACUACACAUCAGGUGAUUCAGAAUUGGAUGAACCGUGAGCUGGAGCUUCAAAGGAGAGAACCUGGAAAUGAGGCAACCAAGAGCGUGGCUUCAGAGGACCACAGUGCUGACAUGCAAGAGGUCCGUAUCUGAAAAACAGGUCUCUGUACACAAAGGCUUUCACACGGUCAACAUGAGCAAACAGCCACUGAUUCAAGUGACUUGUGCACGGUCGAGAUCCCCAAACUUCAAGCGUGCUAUGACACUCUCUCUCUGUUUAACAAAUCAAUAAUGUAGUAUUGCUGAAAACUCAUGUUUUCGUUUUUUUUUUCUUUUUGAAUUUGUACUAUGUAGAAAGGUUUGAUUAAACGAAAGCUUAAAAAAAAAAUAUAUAUAUAUAUAUAUAUAUACAUAUCGCGUAUACAAUUUUUUUUUUCUGUUCUGUUUUUUUCUAUAUCUGUUCUGUUUCUGUAUUUUGGAAAAAUAAUAUAAAUAAACAAGUGUCUGCAAGAUUCCCGCUCUUUCUGUUUAACAAAUCAUUAAUGUAGUAUUGCUGAUAUUCUUCUCAUUUAAGUCUGAAUUUGUACUCUGUAGACAAGUUAGAUCGAAGACAAGCUUCAAAACU